AUGAAAAAUACUCAGAGAUGCUCGCAGUAUAAGUAUGAAAAAUAUGCUUUACCACAAAAUCUUCCAUUGAAAUUGAAUGUCAUAAUGAAAGAAGAGAAUCACCUACCAUACAGGCUGUAUGCAAAGGAACAAGACAAAAAUAAUCAUAAACAUCAACUAUCUAUAAAUUUGCAACAAAAAUAUAAAAUAGCAUUAAGCGGUUACAGAAACAGACUUUAUGUCAAAGAUCCACCCAAUGAAGUGAAGGCGUUGACCGAUAUUGAUAAAGAUUUCUUUAAUUAUGUCAACGGUCGAUCACUGGCUGAUCAUGUUCCUUUAUAUCGAACCUUAAAGGUAGCUAUAACCAAUCAGUUAAGAACAAAACUUGAAACUGGAUAUAGACGUGAUGAUAUUUUGCAUACUGAUAAAAAUCAUAUAAAUGAAAUGAAUUCUUACAAACAAGGUUUAGAAAUGGUAACACAACAAGCAAAGUGUUUGGAUAUUUUUAUAUUAGAAGAUUACAGCAAAUCCAUUGAAUUAUUAAAAAAAUAUGAUUCAUUACACCAUGAAGUUCAAAUAAAAUUAAUAGAGUUAAAAGUCUUAGCAGAUCAGCAAUUUAAAAUAGUAUCAAGUCUAAUUGGUUUAGAUUAUAUGUACUAUCUUCAACAAAGUUACGGAAGAUUUCUUUAUUAUUUGUCUCCUCCAGGAUGGCGAGGAAGUAACAGGAAUUUUGCGCAAUCUAUAGAAAUAGAAGUAAAAGGGUUUGAUCUUGGAGGAGGUGGUGAAAAGUCUUUUAACGUUAUAUUCGAAAAAAUGCGGAAAGAGUGUCUAAGUGACCUGGUGAGUCCAGCGUUAUAUUUCACUCAAUCACAACAAAUAAUUCAGUUAUUUGAAUUCUUUGAAAAGCAACAAUUGAAUUAUUUAGAAUACAUAACAUUACUCGAUCCACUUAUAAAACAUUCUAAAGAAGAAAUUAGGUCACUGAAAGACAUUAUUGCACAACAGAGCGCAGGUAUGUUAAAUUCUAUUAAGUCUUUCGAAAUUCUUUUGGAAUUUAGUGAGGAAAGAUGUGCUUAUCUGAAAAAUAAGUUUUUCAAAAUAGUAAACGGACUUUUUUAUGAGUGCACAAGUGCACCAGAAGUUGUCAAACUUACUUUAGAUUUAGAAUUUGUAUAUGAAGAAGUACUCUCGGAAGAACCAGUAAACGUGGAUAUAUCAACUAUGAUGAAGAGUCUCGAGUCUUUUUAUAUGUUUUAUUGUAACCGAUUCGAUGGUCUGUUUAGCGAUACUAUUAAGAAAGCUGUGAAGCAGUCUGUAGAAAUGGAGCGUUUAAAGUUCAAGCGAGCGAGACGUGCUCACAGAGAACUGUGUAUUUUUGAGAAUUUGAAAAGAAGCUUACUAAGAGCUUUCGCACCACCUGCAUCAAAAUUCACUCACUUCAAAGAGAGAGUUCGAAGAGAGAGUGCAGGAAAGACAUCAGUUUCAAAAUUAAAAACAACUGUAAUACCCAAUAUGACAAAAUCAAUAACAAAAAAAAUAUCUUUAGGUGAGGCUGAACUUGAGUAUUUAACCUUAUUCACGGAUUGGUCACAUGGUAAAGAUCCAUCUGAAUAUUUGCAUUUAGAGUAA